CCCAUACCGACACCAACAAACCACCAAUUGAGGAGCAUAUUACUUCCCGUCUCCGCUGCUAUAUUCAACUCUUAUCUAUCCUUGAGAGCUUCACAUCCUGCUCGAACCCACCGCAAUCCUUAGUAGGCCUACACCUUUCCAAUUCUGUAAUCCGAAUGCAGAAUGAUGUUGAUAUUUCACAUAUUUCCAAGAAUUUUCUUCAUCGGGAUCACAAUCAAAAGUAAAAAAAUGGACCGACACUCCACAUCGUGACAGCUCACACAGCCCCCCUAAAUUCUUGGCGAUGACAAUAAGAAAUCCCCUAAAAUGACGUCCUACCAGGCUUCCUACCUAGCGGGCGGUUAUAUAUUUCAGCCGUGGUAUUCAAAAACCCUCAUUAGUUCGGUGAAUAAGUUUAUCUCGCUUUCAAACAUUUUUGUACUGCUUGUUUUAGAAUUUCUAAGAAUUUCAUUGACAUGAAAUAUACACUGUACACGUGUGAUUGUGGAGAACGAUGAUGAAUAUGGAUUAUAACCUCGACGACCUAGACGUUGCCCUGAGCGAGGCACGGCACCAAGCCGCUGCUGUCUCCGGCCCUCCCACUCGGAAUGAGAGCCGUCGCACGGGACAUAGCAGUACCCGCCGCGGGAGUCUACUACCCCCAAAGGGUGCAAUCUCCUCAGCUUCACAGAACCAAGGAGCAAAGCAACAGCAAGAGCAACAACAACAACAACACCGACUCGACGAGUUGAACCUCUUCAAUUUCGAUCUACGGGAACUUGUGAGUUAUAUGUUCCUGCCUAUUGACGGGCAGAGUCGAGUCUCUUACCACGAGUAUGCCGUAUUCGCACCGAGUGAGCCUAACGGUGAGACCCUCUCACCGAGUAUAAUGUCCGAUGGCGAAGAAGGAUUACAGAUGUUCCGGAGUGCUAUUAAGGAGGGACAUGGCCUAGAUAAUGAGGGUAAUUUCACUCCUAUGCCGAAGGGGAAGCACUUGCUUCGGGGAAGGAUGCGACAAGUGAUUGCCCAUCGACGUAUUCGUCACGAAUCGGAAUGCCCCAGCAUGCAUUGCACCGAUGGACUGCACCUCACUGUGGAUGAUUAUGAAUCCCUGGGCCUACACUCUGGAACUUUACCAACAUUACAGCGAGUAACUCUUGAGUCCUCGUUCUGGGAUUCAAGAAAAGAGACAGUAUAUCUGAUUCUAAGCUUUUCUUCUAGUCCACAGCCUCCAUACGAUUUCCUAUCAAUGGCUUACAAGCUCAAAACAAGGACGGGGACUGCUCUGAUACGGCGGUCAUUUGAUACACGCUGGCAUGCUGAUGAUGCGCUGGACGAAUAUGAACGUCGUUUAGACUCUUGCAGGGCACGAUGGUCUCACCCUCUCGUACUACCAGUUGUACUACUCCAAGUGCAGUUGUUCCGUACUGAGGAAGCAGUACAAGCCAAUAAUGCUGAAGUGUUAGAGCUUGAGGCCCAUGUUGAUGCUGUCACCGGCACUACGGGACGAGCCAAUGCUGAAGCCUGGUUGCGGAACCAAUCACAUAGUAACAAGCAUCAUCCAUUCAAGCCUAUAAAGCGCUGGGGGUCAGGCCUGAAAGACAUGGUCGAGGAAAAGGUUAGAGGUGGACGACGUAGUCACGAUGUCUCGAGCUCUGCCGCGCCCUCACCUCGUCCGGAGGUUAACGGCUACUUCGACCCCGAAUACGUACCACCGCAAACAAUUCAUCUUAUGAAGGAAGCCCACGAUGUUCUUAAAGGGGCUAUUCAAUUACUCGACACAUUGCGAUGGAUGGAGCGAGCACUGAAACUCAUAAUCCAAGCUGGCGAUGAGUUAGAUGCGCGGGUUACUGAGCUAAGAGCUCAAGCAGUAGCGAGGGGGCAGAUGAAGGAAGAUGAGGAAGACGAACUUACGGUUCACUGGCAUGAGAUUAGGCAGUACCUCGACUGCACGUGGCGGCUCUGUACCUCGCUCGAAACCGACCGACGCAUGUCGGAGCUGAGAUGCCGGGCACAGAUCGAUAUCAUCUACUCGAAGAUGGCGCAAGAAGAUAACAAUCUCAACGCGCGCAUGGCUGUGGCAUCGACACGAGAUAGUUCAUCGAUGAAAGCACUGGCCGUGAUUACUGCCGUGUUUUUGCCGGGUGAGUAUAUCGGCACGCUUUUUGGCGUCUCUAUGUUCGACUGGGAGACGGGGACCGCAGGUGAUCCAGCAGUGUCAAAUGACGCGCCCGAGGGUUGGCCGCAUCCCGUGGUCAUGCCGUCGUUCUGGAUCUACUGGGCCUUCACCAUCCCGUUGACUCUGUUCAUAGUGUUCAGUUGGCGUGCUUGGUGGGUUAACCAAGAUCGUUUUUUCCGUCGCCACCUAAGCGUCGACCUCAGCAACGAGCGCUACUGGACCACCGACGGCCGACCCCGAGACCUCGAGACUACUUUCAUGCAAGAUUUCUUUAGCGGUUUGCUUAGCCGCAGCGGCGCCGGGACUAGUAGCAAUAGCACAAUCCUCGGGAAGACGCCGCGGCCUAGAUCAAGGAAUGGACCAAGCCCCAGCGUGGAUCUCUCCAGAUCGCAGAUCCGGACACCUAUAUCCCGGCCGGGAUCCAGCCUGGGGUUACCCAGGCAAGGGUCUGGGUUGGGACAUAUAUAUGGUAACGGUGCUAAGGAUAGGGAUUUCACGACUGAUUCGGAACGUGAGGGAGAUGGAACGGAUCCUAGGAUGCGGUUUAGACAGAUCACUUUUGCUAGGGGGCCGUUGAUACGGCGGGAGGGUGUGUUUGCUGUUUAGACGUUGGUGUGAUAGAAGAACCGGUGUGUUACUAAGUAAUAGAGCCCCUUACCACAUUUAUCAGCAUCAGAUAGCUGACUCUUACAUAGAAUAUUAUCUAAUGAUAAGUCAUUUCGGCAAUAGUCUUCCGAGGAGCUCAGACAUACGCUUACUAAGAUUGCGAGGCACGACAAUUCUGUAUUGCUAUAGUUUAGGUAGCUUCUAACCCUGACUCUUUAUCAUCAUAUCUAUAUUCUUACUUCCUCGUCGUCGCCCUUAUCCUCCUGUUCCAGUAAACAUGGUCUUUCAAGCUCUCUCGCGUUCCCUUACACACG